ACAAUACUUCGGAGCUUUCCGUGGCUCAAAAGCAUGUAAAUUAUAAGGAACUAUGCGAAGGGUCAGUAUACCAAAUAGACUCUGCAGUUACACUCACACUUUAGGGGCUGGUAACUAAGCGCACAAGAAGUUAACAGAGAGGACUGACCAGGGAGACUAAUAAGGAUCUACAUUAAUUAAUUACAGAUAAAGUGGAAAGGCCAACACAUCCCAAAAUUGCCUCGGACUAGGAUCGUGUCGGGUGGAACACUUUGCAAUAUCAUGGAAAUAUCGGAUUUGUAAAUGCCGACAGUCUUCUACAAAAACAAGAGGAGACAAAAGGAAACGUUAGUUACACCGGUAUGCCUAGCCUAUUCUCUAAAGAAGAUGCUGUGACGUUUAAUUAAACAGUUUGAGGGGACUUUUGAUGCCUCGCAUCCUUACGUCUCCACAUGGAUCAACCUCUCUAUUCCAAGCAUCCUUUGGAUUAGCCACAGUCUUUCUCACUCUGCACAACGGAUACAACGGACAGAAAAUGCUACCCUGCAUCGUUUUCCUUUGCUCAUUUUUCACUGCUGCGUGUUUCCAAGACAUCCAGCCCUCCAAGGCAUUUCUGGCUGAAUCCUGUGACUCAUUGUGUUCUUGUGAAGAAAAAGAUGGCAUCCUGUAUCUUAACUGCGAGGAGAGAAAUAUCAGCAAGAUCUCCCAAAUCAAAGUGCCAUCAGCUCUACCUUUCCACCUCAAUCUGUACAAAAAUGACUUGGUGGAGUUGCAGGCAGAAGACUUGGAAGAUUUAAAGAAUGCCGUUUCACUUCAUCUCGGGGCUAAUAGCAUACAAGAGCUUGAACCUGGCAUCUUUAGUGCACUGGGCUCCUUGAAGAAGCUCCACAUCAACAGUAAUUUCCUGGUCAUGUUGAAGGAAGACACUUUUCACGGUUUGGUAAAUUUGGAGUUUCUCCAGGCGGACACAAACUUCAUCCGUGUGGUUGAGCCGGGGGCAUUCAGCAAACUCAUCCGCCUCAAAGUUCUGAUCCUCAACGACAACGCCAUCGAGUUUCUUCCCAGCAAUAUUUUCCGGUUUGUUCCACUCACCCACUUGGACCUGCGGGGGAACCAGUUACAGACCCUGCCUUACGUUGGCUUCCUGGAGCACAUUGGGCGGAUCAUGGAGCUUCUUCUGGAGGACAACGACUGGAUGUGCGAUUGUGAGAUCCUUCACCUGAAGAUCUGGAUGGAGAACAUGCGGGCCCAGUCGGCCAUUGGGGAGGUGGUCUGCAGCAGCCCCCAACACCUCAGGGGCACCAUCCUGGCCAAAAUCAAACGGGAUGUUCUCUGCCCUUCUCACGCCGAUAUCAACUUAGAGGAGCCUUCCAAGUCACUGGACAUGGUGGUCACUCCGUCUUCCAAAGUGGCAGAGAUUCCGAAGUUGGACGACGCAAAGGUUCCGACACCUGCUUAUGUUCCAGCGAGUCCUUGUGUGGAGCACUGUUCUUGUCACAAUCACCCGGUGGCUGGGUUUUUAAUGCAUUGUCAGGACAGAGGAAUUCAACGGAUUUCAGAUAUUGGAAUACUUGAGCAAAGCCCCACCAAGCUGGUGCUUACAGGAAAUAUGAUUCAGCGACUGUUGAAAUAUGACUUUGUCACAUAUGACGGUUUGGAGUUAUUGAAUUUAGCCAACAAUCGAAUCGAUUACAUUGACAAUGAAACUUUUCUCAGCUUAAGCAAUUUGAAAAAACUUUAUCUCAACGGCAACAGAAUUGAAACCCUUUCCGCGACCAUGUUCAUUGGACUCCACAACCUUGAAUACCUAUAUUUGGAAUAUAACAUUAUCAAAGAAAUUGUUCCAGGAGCUUUUAAUCCUUUGUCUAAUCUCAAACUCUUGUCUUUGAAUAACAAUCUGCUGACUAGUCUCCCAUUGCAGAUAUUUCGCAACGUGCCCCUCACCAAACUGAACCUGAGAAAAAAUCUGCUCAUGCACCUGCCUGUUAGCAACGUGCUGGACCAGCUUGACUCUUUAGAGCAGAUUUAUUUAGAGGACAACCCCUGGGACUGCAGCUGUGACUUAGUCAGUCUCAAACAGUGGGUUGAGAAGCUGAGGAAGGACACAGUCAUAGGUUCCAUUUUGUGUCACACACCGAGAAAAGUGGCGAAGGCUGAGCUGAGAGCCCUCAGAAAUGAGUUGCUGUGCCCCGGCCUAGUGACCUACUCCUUGCCCACGGGCGAGGACGAGAGCGUGACAACCACAGUGGCGACUGACGGCGCUAGGAGCGGUUUCUUCAGCUCCAUCACAGACUCAGUUCCACUCUCCGUUCUGAUCCUUAGCUUGCUCGUCAUCUUCCUCAUGGUCAUCUUCUGUUCGGCGGGGAUCGUGGUUUUCCUCGUGCACAGACGGCGAAGGAGGGUGAAGAAGAAACAGGCGGAGGAGCAGCCGCGGGAGAGCAGCAGCCCCAUCCACCUGCAAUACAGCAUGUACGGCCAGAAAACCACCCACCACACACUGGCGCAGAGGACCGGAAGCACCGUGUACGACGAGCGCUCACACAGCCCCAUUGUCCAGAUCUGCCGCAACCCCACCUACUGCACUCAGCAUAAAGAAUAUGAGACCGACCUCAAUGAACUGGACGAACCAAAGCACAUCUGUCGUAGCAUCAUGGAGAAAGAGAAUACCUCCCCUCUCACAGGCUCUAGUUUGAAGUUCAGAGCUGUGACGUCAGACUGCCCAACUGAGUUCGUAACACUCGGAGAUGCAAGCUCCCUCUAUAAAAACAUACUAGAGAGGGAGAGGGUUAGGGAGCUGCAGCAGCUCGGAAUUACUGAAUACCUCAGGAAAAACAUGUCCCAGCUGCAACCAACGGUAGAAGUGCCGGUCCCAGGAUCAGGACACCACGAGGAACUGAAAUUAAUGGAGACUAUUAUGUUGUCGAGACCGCGGAAGGUCAUGGUGGAACAAACUAAAAAUGAGUACUUUGAACUCAAAGCUAACCUACACACCGAGCCAGAUUAUUUGGAGGUUCUGGAGCAUCAAACUGCAUUUAACUGAUAUAAUAACACAAUUAAUGGUUUUAUAUUCAACUCGAGAAGUGCCUUGUCCAAAACUGCCAUCUUAUAUUUUCACAGUCUAAGACCUACAGUACAUCUCCCACAGCGGUCUUGGACACACAAGUCAUUUGUAGCACAGAAUGUACUGUAUAAUUAUCUAUUUUUUUGUUGUUUUGUUUUCCUAUAGAUAGACCACACUUGAAGUUGCUGAUAUAACAGAUAUCUUGCCCAAAUGUAAUUAUCGGGAAGGCAAAUAGGUACUGCGGGGGUAAGUUUUUGUUACCAGUUCAGCUUAGAUCUUUGGCAGGCCUCAAUGUUUUGCAUCAACUCUGUCAGGCUGUUUCAAUCAUAUGCCAUAAUCAGCAUGCUCAAUGUGCCGUAGACUUAACAAAAUGCCAACAUGUAUUCUGGGUCGCAAUGAUGGAGUGCACAUUAGUCCUGUCGUUCAUUAGAUUUAGCCCUUGCAUUAUUUCAAUACCACAUUUUGUAUUCCAACCAGUGGGAACAUGUUUAAACAAAUCCAUUUUCUCAAAACAUAGCACUUAAAAGUCCCAGUACAUUUUUUUUUAUUUAUUUAUUUUACCUUUAUUUAACCAGGUAGGCAAGUUGAGAACAAGUUCUCAUUUACAAUUGCGACCUGGCCAAGAUAAAGCAAAGCAGUUCGACAGAUAAAACGACACAGAGUUACACAUGGAGUAAAAACAAACAUACAGUCAAUAAUGCAGUAUAAACAAGUCUAUAUACAAUGUGAGCAAAUGAGGUGAGAAGGGAGGUAAAGGCAAAAAAAGGCCAUGAUGGCAAAGUAAAUACAAUAUAGCAAGUAAAAUACUGGAAUGGUAGUUUUGCAAUGGAAGAAUGUGCAAAGUAGAAAUAAAAAAAUAAUGGGGUGCAAAGGAGCAAAAUAAAUAAAUAAAUAAAAAUUAAAUACAGUUGGGAAAGAGGUAGUUGUUUGGGCUAAAUUAUAGGUGGGCUAUGUACAGGUGCAGUAAUCUGUGAGCUGCUCUGACAGUUGGUGCUUAAAGCUAGUGAGGGAGAUAAGUGUUUCCAGUUUCAGAGAUUUUUGUAGUUCGUUCCAGUCAUUGGCAGCAGAGAACUGGAAGGAGAGGCGGCCAAAGAAAGAAUUGGUCUUGGGGGUGACUAGAGAGAUAUACCUGCUGGAGCGUGUGCUACAGGUGGGAGAUGCUAUGGUGACCAGCGAGCUGAGAUAAGGGGGGACUUUACCUAGCAGGGUCUUGUAGAUGACAUGGAGCCAGUGGGUUUGGCGACGAGUAUGAAGCGAGGGCCAGCCAACGAGAGCGUACAGGUCGCAAUGGUGGGUAGUAUAUGGGGCUUUGGUGAUAAAACGGAUUGCACUGUGAUAGACUGCAUCCAAUUUGUUGAGUAGGGUAUUGGAGGCUAUUUUGUAAAUGACAUCGCCAAAGUCGAGGAUUGGUAGGAUGGUCAGUUUUACAAGGGUAUGUUUGGCAGCAUGAGUGAAGGAUGCUUUAUAGAAAUAUAGAAAUCAUAUCUUGUAUCUGUAAAGAAAAAAAUGCAUUGCACUAAUCAAAUGCCAUUUAAAAGAUGGUGCAUGACAAUCAACUUACUGUUUCAACAACCUUUUCUGUUUAUCGUUGUUCCUUCCUUGCUACUGAAGGGGACACAACUAAUGAUGUGUAUAAGAACCUUUUGUUUGAGUGUAAUUUUUACAAAUCAAAACCGACCAGUUUCUCUCAGCAUGAUAAAUGUUCAGGAUAUAUGCGUUCACUUUAUUAUUCUGAUUGAGUAAGCAACCCCGUUCAACUCUGAAAAUGUUUCACGUCAACUUUAUUUUUUACCAAUGUAGAUGGAAUUAUUUAUUCUGUAAAUGUUGUAUUAUAUGUCACACAUUCUAUGUUAUUUUGUGCCUUCGGUGUUGUGCAGGUGAACAUGUAUUAAAUGUAAAUAAAGAAUUGCAAUACUGCAAACUUUGAA